AACGAUGGUCUUCAUCGUGGCAACUUCCUUUAAUUUCUCCAUUUCUUCCACUUUCCCACGUGCUUCCCCUCACUCACUUAUUUAUACAAAUUCCUUUCCCCCAUUUCACUUUUAUCCUAAUUCCCCAAAUCCAAUCCUCCGUUUUUCCAAACCCUUUCUCCCUUCUCUCUUAUGGCUUUGGUCCGUGAUCGCCGCCACCUCAACCUCCGCCUUCCCGACCUCUCCGACUGCCGUCCUCGCUUCCCCCUUCCCCUCCCUCCCUCCUCCGCUCCCCCCGCUCCCGCCGCCCCCUCCGCCAUCUCCUCCUCCGACCUCGAAAAGCUCCAAGUCCUCGGCCACGGCAACGGCGGCACCGUCUACAAAGUCCGUCACAAACGCACCUCCACUACUUACGCUCUCAAGGUCGUCCACGGCGACUGCGAUCCCACCGUUCGUCGCCAAGUUUUCAGAGAGAUGGAGAUUCUUCGUCGGACCGAUUCUCCUUAUGUCGUUCAGUGUCAUGGAAUCUUCGAGAAACCUUCUGGAGAUGUAACGAUUUUGAUGGAGUAUAUGGAUCUUGGAUCUCUUGAUUCGUUAUUGAAGAAGAACUCGACUUUGUCAGAAACGACGCUCGCUCAUGUAUCGCGUCAGGUUCUUAAUGGUCUUCAUUAUCUUCACUCUCAUAAAAUCAUUCAUCGUGAUAUUAAACCGUCGAAUCUGUUGGUGAAUAAGAAUAUGGAGGUUAAGAUUGCCGAUUUUGGAGUUAGUAAAAUUAUGUGCAGGACUUUGGAUGCUUGCAAUUCUUACGUCGGAACUUGUGCUUAUAUGAGUCCAGAGCGGUUCGAUCCAGAGACUUACGGCGGAAAUUACAAUGGUUAUGCCGGAGAUAUUUGGAGUUUGGGGCUUACUCUUCUAGAACUUUAUUUAGGUCAUUUUCCAUUUCUUCCGGCUGGACAGAGACCGGAUUGGGCAACUCUGAUGUGUGCGAUUUGCUUCGGUGAACCACCGAAGCUACCGGAGGAUGCGUCGGAGGAGUUUCGGAGCUUUGUUGAGUGUUGUUUGCAGAAGGAAUCGAGUAAAAGAUGGACGGCGGCGCAAUUGUUGACGCAUCCGUUUGUAUGCAGGGAAUCAUCGAGAUCAUCGUCGGAUAAUCGAUGAAUCCACGCGGUGAAAUUGUAAGGAUCCGAAUGAAUGUCAGUUUAAAAAGAUCAAGCCAAAUUGUGAGAUCUGUACAUAAACUUGCGGAAUUCGGAUGAACUUUUUUCUUUUUUGUAUAUAUUCCUCUCUUUCUUUUC